GGCGACGGCGGGUGACGUGGAUCGGCGGCGGAGCGCACGAGAUUCCCUCACGGUUCCGGCGGCGGCGGCGGCGGCGAUUAGCGGCUUCCCCGCUCCUCAGUCUCCCUCCCUCACACCGGCAGCAUGUUCCGAGCGGCGCUCCGAUACAGCGGCACCGGCCUGGGCCUCGCCGCAUGGAGGCGGACAGCGGCGGCCCAGCGAGGACACCCAGCAGCGGCUGCCAUUGCUUCGCGCUGGUACUCACAUGGCAAACAAGAAACUGAUGAGGAGUUUGAUGCUCGCUGGGUCACGUACUUUAACAAGCCUGACAUUGAUGCUUGGGAGCUCAGAAAAGGAAUGAAUACCCUUAUCGGAUACGAUCUCGUACCUGAACCCAAAAUUCUCGAUGCUGCCCUGAGAGCAUGCCGUAGAUUAAAUGACCUAGCUAGUGCAAUCCGCAUUCUAGAAGCAGUGAAGGACAAAGCUGGCCCUCACAAAGAAAUUUACCCUUACGUUAUUCAAGAACUCAGGCCUACGUUGACUGAACUGGGUAUUCCAACUCCGGAAGAGAUUGGUCUAGACAAACUAUAACAUUAUACUUGAUAGUUUUCUGACCUUCGUCUGUUGAUUGUACAUGAUGCAAGAUGCAACCUAAAAUAUUACUUGAUUGAACAUUUGAAGACUGUUCUGUUAAAUGUAUUAUGUCUAUCUGUGAACUUAACUCAAUAAAAAAAUGGGAUGAAA